AUGGUAUAUAGUGGCGAAGCGAUCGUCCCCGUCGAAGUCGGGGUUGAAUCUGAUUGGAUACAGCACCACAACGAAGACAACGUCGUACGGAGGCUUCUGGAGAUGGACUUGGCGGAUGAAGCGCGCGCUAAAGCGGCCAUCCGGCUGAUGGCAUACCAACAAAGAAUGAGGCAGAGCUACAACCGAAGGGUGAUCCCAAGACUAUUUCAGGUCGGUGACUUGGUGUGGAAGAAUGUAAAGUCGGUCGGUGACGUCACCAAGCUAGAAGCCCCGUGGGUUGGACCCUUCAGAGUCAUGGAGAAGCUCCGUUCAGGCGCCUAUUACUUAGAGGACGAGGGCGGGCGGUGA